GGUCGUCAUAAAAAGGAGGAGAAAAAUGACCCGUUCAUUUUUGUUUACCACCCCGAAAGCUUGGUGGAAGGUCUGCCCAUGGCCGCCUCCUGCCUCCCUGAGUCUAUUGAUGGACUCUCGUUUCCUCUGUCCCCCUUCCUUUGAUGGGCAGUCGAUUCUCCACAGUACACUCUCUACCUCUGUUGUCCUCUAUUCUUCGAAUAUGUCUGCAUGCGUCAUUUGCUGUCUCGUCUUACAUUUCAUCCCUGUAGAGAGCCAGAGCCCACGCUUCAACGAAACCGGAUCUUUCUACCAUCUUGACGUUCUUCAAUCUGCUCUUCACUUUAGAAGGCGUUGAGACGAUAAAUCGCCGGUCGGAUUUUUUUUGGGUGUUCCAGUUGUUGGUGGGAGAGGAAAUUGGCUGAAGAAUCGUCGUGAUUUUAUGGGUUCAUUUUGUUGCACAUGUGUGGGCGCCUGUCAUUCUUCCCUUCAUUGCUAGCUCUUGGCUCCAUCGAUAUUCCGGUGAGCUUUCAUUUGUUAUCUUCCCGGUGGUUUCUGUGGAUUCUAGAAGGUUUUGAUGCGGUGUUCUGCUCUAGGAUGUCGUCUUCGCAGGAUGCUCAUGAUCGGCCGAGAUCUUCUCAGAUUCAGAGGGAUCCUGUAAUGUGGGAGCUUGACGAUGUUGAUACAGAGGUUCCUUCCUGCAAGCCGUUCUCAAUCAGAGAAUACGUUUUCUCAGCUCGUGGCAAGCACUUAAGCAAGAAUUGGCCGUUUCAUCAGAGGUAUAUCCAAGUAUGCAGGAAACAUGGGGUUAAGGACAUUCUGCCACCCUUUGAGUCGCCUGCAUUGGUGAGAGAGAGAGAGGAUAAGUACUUGGGGCCUCAUGAUGCAGUAAAUGUUCGCGUCUGUUCACGUGAUGCAGUUGAUGACCAACAUGAAUUGUUGAUGGAAGAUAUGGAUCGGGUAGUUGCAGGAAUAUCUUGGAAGCUUGGCUUGUUAUCUCUCACUUGCAGGGAUGAAGUUAAUGAUGAUAAAGUCAUGGAGGAACAUGUGUUGAGGGUAGACAAAAUGGCAGGUGACUACAAACUUGAAGCAAUAGCGUCAUCCAGGUAUUCGGCAGCGGCGGAACUUUGGUUCCCUUCACUUGAUUUUGCGUCAGAGGAUCGAAGGCAUCUGCUAGCCGAGGAGGGCGAUUUGUUGUUUGGUGCAAGUGAUAUGGUUGGCAAUGUUAGGAUUUCUGUCACAGAAAAUCUCAUCUUAGAAAAUGUUCCCAAGUCAGGAGUGGGUUCUGACGUAGGUUGCGCUGCCGAAGAAUCAAAAAGGUUGACACAGAAGCGGCACAAGUCUCAGAGAUGUAAGUUGAAGAGCAGGAAGAAGAGAUGCAUGGUGGAUAUCUGCGCUAAGGCACUGCCUUGCACAUUAGAAGACUUGGACAAGAAGAACGGGACCAACUGGGCCUUGGACCCAAGCGUAAUGCCAUAUAGCAUUCCUGAUUCCGACAAAGUCAAGAAGUACCUAGUGAAGCGAGAUGGAAGAAAUAAACCUUCCAACCUGCCAGGAACCAAGCUAUUGAAUAAUCCUGAAUCCACAAAUUGCAAAGAUAAUUCUUUGCCCGAAGGCGAUGUCUCGCAGACGAAGCAAGUAGGGAGCAAUAAUACUAACCGGACUUGUGAUGCAUCAAGUGAAAAGCAGUGCCUUCAGAUGUCUGUGUUGAGAGAUUGCAGUCAGAGGUCCGCCGUAAAGUUGAGCUGCCAGCGAACUAAACAAGAUAAGAUUAUUGGUGCUUCAGCAUGUGGACAUCAAAAUGAACUUGUGAGACUGAAGGUCGAAGAGUUAACUGGAGGACAAAGUCAAGAUCGUGGAGUCUGUGCAUCAGAAAUGCUAAGACCAAAUAAACGUUGGUUACAGAAAGGAUGCGCCACUGAUCAGCAUAUGCCUUCUAGUUGUGUUGAAAGUAGACAGAAGUCUCCAAUAGUGCGUACUGUUAAAGCAAGGCCGCUCACAAAUACAACCAAUACAGGUUCUCCUCUGGAGAAUUUUGCAAGAAGUGUUGCACAAUACAAAAGAAAGCCUCGCACUGUAAAAAGGAUGAGGAAGGUGGAUUCUAUAACAUCCUGCGUAGCGGUAGUCAAGCAGACUCAGGAUAGAUCAGAAUCAGAACUGUUUCAAAGUGAGGUAACUGACCUCUGUCACUGUUCUCCUCGUGCCAGCGUACACUCUUCAAACUCCUAUACCCAAGAAGGCAUUGAUUCUGUAAAUUUGAAAGAAAAGAAAAAUCUGUUUCCAUCCAUUUCUAUAUUUGAAAACGGGGGCAACUUAUCGAUUGAACCAAGCAUAGAUGUGCUGGCUAUGACUUGUUCACCAAAUAAUACAUUUUAUGACCCUUUUCAGCCUUAUUUGCGCUCUGAAAUGCAUCAUGCAUCAGACUAUCACUGUACACAUGAGAUUCAUGGUGGAGGGGGCAAAUCUUAUGGGCUAGAAGGAGCAUUUUUUGAUGAAAUCUCUACGAACAGAAUGACAGGCAGCCAGUUGGUAGUGGAAGACAAGGCAAAAGAUUGCCAAGGCAUAGUACAAGAAGAUCAAUGUGAGCUGAAGCCUAAAGAUUCAGUUUCUUCAGUUGUCACAACUAGCUCAAGCAACUCCUUAAACGGUUCUGUAAGAUCAGAUAAUCAGCCUGCACGAUCGUUGUCCUUGAAGUGGCUAGAAAUGGAUGGUAAAUGCUGCACAUGCUGUUCUGAUGAGGACUAUUUGUUGAAAAUUCCAUCGCACCACAUCAAUUUAUGAGCCAGAAAUGGAAAUAUGCAUCGCAUAUUGAAGUGGUGAGAUGGGUUCGAAAAGUGGUAGGAUCCUGUCCAGUAAUGGUUCUAUAUCUUGCAAGUUUUAACUUUAUUUUUCUGCAUGUCGUUUAUCACAUGUUCAAGUCUUCUGGUUGUCACCAAAUCAGUGGUCAAUCAAAGUGUGAACAAGCAAAGCCUCGGCCGUCGACUUCCCUGGUCAUCUUGACAGCUUAACGAGAAGCUAUUGCAAUGGGGCUACAAAAUUAUGGGCGAUUCCGAUUCAGUUUUGGGAAGCUCUUGACAGAACAUAUGAGAAAGGUUUCUGGAGAAGGAAAAUCUUCGCAACAAAUUAUUAAAUGGUGCCAAGGGCCUAAGGCAAGCCUUUAAGUUGAAUGUAAGGAUUACCCGAAGGUUCCCUUGUCAGUUGGUAGGCAGGAAACGAUAGCAAAAUCCUGAUUUUCGUAAUGCGAGAAGCCUGCAGUGACCACGCAAGAGUACAAAUGUAUGUCAAUUUCUGUUGUAAAUAGUGACAUGCUAAUUCGCUUUCAUCGCAGUACCAAUUUUACUUCAUCUGCA